CGCGCUAUCGGCCGGAUGGGUGGCGAGUGGUGUGUUGACUCCCUCUCCUGCCUCUUCCCCACGUGGCGGCCUCUGUAGCGAGUCUGACGGGAGGAGCGACGCGCGAAGAAAUAUAGUAAGAAAGUGCAGUGAGACGAGUUGUAGCGCAGCGUCGAUUGGCCCUGAACUAUCACGAAACAGUUCAGAGGACCUCGCGUGCUUGGUGUGACUUUGCGUCAAAUUGCGGCGGUCACGAACUCUUCGGAAUCAACCAGCCACAUUUGCUCUCCCUCCAGCUGCGUCUGAGCUAAUGGGAAAGCUGCGGUGCCCUUCGUGGGCCGGCUGAGUGUUACUGCUGAGGUGCGGCGCGGCGGCGAGGUCAGUCUAGCCGCAAGACGCAAACUGGACUUCCGAUAUUGAUAGGAAACAUUACCUCCUCGGAGGGCGAGGCCAAACAAUGGACUGGAGCAAGAUGAGGAUACCAGGCACUCUAGGCACACACUCCACCUCCUCCUCCAGCAGCACAAGGAGGAGAGGAGUGGGAAGCAACAACGGCAGCGUGUUUGUGGUUCUCCUCGCGAUAUUUGGGUUCCUUAUCGACGGAGCAGGUGGACUGGGUGUCAGCUGGGACUGGCACAAGUGGUGGACCUACGAUGGAAUCUCAGGACCUCAAUUCUGGGGACUUAUUAACCCAGAGUGGUCGCUGUGCACUAACGGGCGGCGGCAGAGUCCCGUCAAUCUGGACCCCGCCACUCUCCUCUACGACCCAAACCUCCGCCAGCUGCACGUUGACAAGCACCGGGUGAGCGGGAUAAUCAACAAUACUGGGCACAGCGUGGUGUUGACCCUGGGCGGCACCAGUCACCACCAUCCUCCCAUCAACAUCACGGGCGGGCCUCUCUCCUACAGGUACCAGGUGAGCCACGUGCAGCUUCACUUCGGAGCCGCGGAUCACGUGGGCUCGGAACACACCAUCAACGGCACCGCCUUCCCUGCUGAGCUGCAAGUGUACGGAUUCAACGCUCAACUGUUUAGCAACUUCUCCGAGGCAGUGAACAAGGCGCAUGGGGUGGUGGCCAUCUCGGUGCUUCUGCAGGUUGGCCUCCAGGGACACCCGGGGCUCAGACCACUGACAGACGCCGUGCAAAGGGUCCAGUGGGCGGGGACGUCUUCAGAGGUGACUAGAGUGGGUGUGCGGUCCUUACUCCCAGACUCCCAUCACUAUAUCACCUACGACGGGUCCCUCACGCAGCCCCCUUGCCACGAGACCGUCACCUGGAUUCUUGUGAAUAAGCCUGUCUACAUUACAAAGCAGCAGCUGCACGGGUUGAGGCAGGUGCAGCAGGGCAGUAAGGACAUGCCCAAGGGUCGCAUGGUAAACAACUACAGGCCAGCGCAGCAGAUGUACCACAGGCCAAUCCGAACCAACAUUGACUUCACCAACAGUCGCCAGCUGCACUGUCCUUCCAUGGCGCCUCAGAUGUACUACACAGCCAACAAAUGGAGGUAAUGGAGCCACCGUCCCUGUCCCCCUCCACCUUGACACCCCACCGCCCCCCGCCGCCCCCAUGUCUGACAAUGGGGGCCGAAACACGUGAUGAUCCACCCUCAACCGACCCACACUCUCUAGGCGAUAUAGUGUUUGAAGAAAACGGGGUAACUGAAGUAACAGUGGCUGGGAGACUGUAGGAAAUUGACAAAGACAAAAUAAUUAAUGGUACGGGGAAAAGAAAUGCUCAUUAUUGUAUAAGAAUUCAUUUGAAAAGUGUUGAAAAAUGAAUGUGAAGGAGGGAAAUGAAAUACAAGAUUGGUUUAUGAUGUGUAUGAGAGGAAAAUGGAGCGUCAGUGGAAGGAGAAAGUGAUCAAUAUUAGAAGGCAAAAAUAUUGACGGUAAAACUGCAAGACAAUAUCGCGCAAUGUGCAAAGUGGGCAUCGUAAAGCGACAAGUGCCGUCAUAAAGCCAGAAGUGACGUCUUAAAGCGUAAAGUAGUGCCGUAAAGUAACGCAAACAAUCACUGUCACGUCACUGGGCGGUACUUGAGUGUGUAAUAUAGUGACACGGUGAUGAGACAGUGAGUGACAAGAUGACGCGUGUGACUUGAGAAGAGGGAAGCGUGGGGAGCGAGUGAUGGACCUUCAGAGCAGUUCCCAGCCAUUCUUAUUAGCAACACCAAACGCAGCGACCGUCUCUUCAGUGUCACCGGAACCAAGCUUUAUAGACUUGUACUUCAUGUUGCCACUCAGCGGAUCAAGGUCUGCUGGUGGGCUUCUCCUCAGUGUUACUAGGACAAGUAGCACAUCACAUAUCAGUGUUACCAAUACUCUGAGAUAGGGCAAGCGUGUUCCAAGUGCCAGUUCUUGAUAAGGGUACGAAGAUUUCCAUGUGUGAGGCUGAGAUGGAAUAGAAGAUAAGGUGUCAAUGCUGCCUAGGAUGGAUUGCCGACUGUGUGAUGAGGAUUAACGGUGUGGAUGAAAGGAUAGUGUGAACAUUGCCUGGAUGGAUAUGGAUGUUAUCACGGGUGCCAAAUACUUAUUCCUGAUACGUAAGAAAGCCACUCUCCACCACUCACCACCACACCCACCACCACCACCACCAACAACACUGGUUAUGCAUACUAGCACAAACACAGACAUGACUUACAAUCCAGCAAGCACCAUGAACACCAUCCAUCUACACACCCGCCGCCCAACGCCGACCUGCCGACACCACUACCACCACCACCACCACCACCACCACUCGGUGUAAUCACAAAAGCCUUCCAGAAAACCCUCCAGGAAAACAAAUGAUGCUCGUCAGUCACUCCAGAAAUGCCACGAAGAACACAGGAUUUGCGAAUGACUUUAGGAUGCCAAGGAGGAGGAGGAGGAGGAGGAGGAGGAGGAGGAGGAGGAGGAGGAGGAGGAGGAGGAGGAAAUAAGAAGAGGAGGCGGAAGGACAGAGGCACCCAACUAUAUUUUACAUGUGACUCUGCGCUCCUGUCAUCCAAUUUUCUUCCUCCCCUUCCCUCCACAUGAAAGAGAAAAAAAUAAGAAGAAAAAAAAAACAGAACUGUGAUUUUUUUUAUAUUUCAACGUGAACUCUGAAGGAAUGGCUUAGCGGAGACACGAACCCACACACACACACACACACACACACACACACACACACACACACACACACGGACGC